AUGGAAAAAUUGUCGGAGGAGCAGAAGGCUUUCAGGAAGCUCGAGUAUUAUUCCCUUGUGUCAAAAGUCUGUACUGAACUUAACAAUCACUUGGGCCUUGAAGACAAGAUUGAGCGUUUGAAGGCAGAGGCGGCGGCUGCUGCUGAUGAAAUUGGUUUUAUAAAUCCUAACAUUGAGGAGGAAAAAACUGAGGAGAAGAAAACUGAAGUCGACGCAGAAGCAGAAAAAACCAUGCAGGAUUUGGAAGCUCUCUUAGGAUUUGCACGAAAGGAGGCAGAAAAUACACUCCCUGACUCAAAGAACGAGCAAACUGUAAGGUCUCCUCACCGAAGUCGUUCCAGAACACCAGACAAACAUAGGAGCACACGGGAUCGUUCCCCUAAGCAUAGGGAUUAUUCUCGAAAGUUCUCAGACGAUUCUUACCGGUCUCGGGAUCGUACUUCGCGCGACAGCUCGCCAUCAAAAAGACGACCCCUGCCUCCUCUUCGAUCCGAGCUCCCCCUUGAGCCCGAAACAGGACAAAUAUAUUCUGGUCGUGUCACUAACCUCCUUGCAUUCGGUGCCAUCGUUCAACUGGAUGGUUUGCAGAAGAGGUGGGAGGGACUGGUCCAUGUUUCGCAGCUGCGCCGUGAAGGCAGAGUGGCUAACGUUAGUGACGUAGUCCAACGUCACCAGAAGGUGUUCGUGAAGGUGUUGUCAUUCACGGGCAGCCGAACGAGUCUUAGUAUGCGAGAGGUGGACCAGAAAACUGGUGAAGAUCUGAAUCCACCGCAGCAGACGACUACUAAAAAAGAUGAGUUCGCCGUUGACGGUGGAAGCAGUGGCAUGAAUGAAGAAGUUGGUGAAACUGCACGGAAUCCAGAUAGACCUUUUGCACCCGGAAGGUCCACCGCCCUCGCUGCCUCCGGACAAGGCGGCCUAGACGAUGAUCUGGACUUUGGGCCGAAGAGGAAGAUUCAAAGGAUCAGUUCACCCGAGCGCUGGGAACUUAAGCAAAUGAUGAGUGCUGGCGUCCUCGAAAAGACGGAACUUCCAGAAUUCGACGAAGAAACCGGUCUCCUCCCACGCGACGAUGAAGAGUCUGAUGAGGACAUGGAAAUCGAAUUAGUAGAAGAGGAGCCGCCCUUCCUUAAGGGUCACGGGCGCCACGCCAUGGAGCUGUCACCAGUGAGAAUAGUGAAGAACCCCGAUGGCUCGCUUCAACAGGCUGCAAUGAUGCGACAAGCCUUGCAGAAGGAACGCCGUGAAAUGAAACAGCAAGAACGACAAACCCAGUUGUCUUCGGAGCGCAUGAAUGAGCAUGAACGUAUGGGCAAAGAAUGGCAGGAUCCUAUGAGUGCCGCGAUGGAUAACAAGCCCUUGGCUGCGGGAGUUCGCGGUUCCGACCAGUUUCGCGAUGUGCCAGAAUGGAAACGAGCUGUGCAAGGCGGCACGCGAACUGGAGCGGUUGGUAAAAAAAUAGUUCGCUCAAUCCUCGAGCAGCGCCAAAGCCUUCCUAUUUAUAGGCUAAAGGAUGAGCUGCUUAAGGCUGUUGCGGAGAACAAGAUCUUAAUUGUCAUCGGGGAGACUGGCAGCGGAAAGACUACACAGAUCACACAAUACCUCGCCGAAGCUGGCUACACCACAUCUGGCAGGAUUGGAUGCACUCAACCAAGACGUGUUGCUGCCAUGUCGGUUGCGAAGCGCGUCUCGGAAGAGUUCGGUUGUCGUCUAGGUCAGGAAGUGGGCUACACAAUCCGUUUCGAGGACUGCACCACACCGGAAACAAAGAUCAAGUACAUGACUGAUGGUAUGCUUCUUCGAGAGUGUCUUAUCGACCCGGAUUUGCUACAGUACUCUGUCCUCAUGCUUGACGAGGCUCACGAGCGAACAAUCCACACCGAUGUGCUGUUCGGCCUGCUGAAAAAGGCCAUUCUGAAACGUGAGGACCUCAAGCUCAUCGUGACGUCUGCCACUCUGGACUCUGUGAAAUUCUCCCAGUACUUCUUCGAAGCCAUCCUCUACAGUCUGGAGCCGGAGAAUGACUAUCUGGAUGCUGCUCUUAACACCGUUAUGCAGAUUCAUCUCACCGAACCUCCGGGUGAUAUUUUGGUGUUCCUGACUGGUCAAGAGGAGAUCGAUUCGGCCUGUGAGAUUCUCUAUGAGCGAAUGAAGGCUCUGGGUCCGGACGUGCCUGAGUUGAUCAUCCUGCCCGUGUAUGCUGCCCUACCCUCGGAGAUGCAGUCACGCAUCUUUGAUCCGGCCCCGCCGGGCAGUCGUAAGGUCGUCAUCGCUACAAAUAUUGCCGAAACCUCCCUCACAAUUGACGGCAUUUUCUAUGUCAUUGAUCCUGGCUUUGUGAAACAGAAGGUCUACAGUAGCAAAUCUGGAAUGGAUCAGCUCAUUGUUACACCUAUAUCACAGGCACAAGCCAAACAGCGCGCUGGACGCGCAGGUCGUACGGGCCCCGGAAAAUGUUAUCGUCUCUAUACCGAAAGAGCCAAUCGCGACGAGAUGCUCGCCACCAACGUGCCGGAGAUUCAACGAACAAAUUUGGCCAGUACAGUGCUCCAGCUAAAGGCCAUGGGCAUUAACGACCUUCUCUCCUUCGACUUUAUGGACCCACCUCCACUGCAGGUAAGUCUUCUUUCUAACUGUUAUACUGGUGACUUUAGUGGUGUCACCCCGUCUUAUUACGCCCGUUGGGAUCCCCACGGAAGAACACAAUAA